AUGAGCGAAGACGUGGCAACAGUUUUAUGUCAGGAGCUAUGCAUCCAACGAAAAUACAUAGAGAUCACAGACAGUUCGGAAGGUUGCAUUCUGGCGGUGGCUUUGAUUGAAGAUACUAAGUCUGUGAAUCCCAAAUUAAAUGGUACGGUUAUAUCUGGCACUCCUGUUGUAUUGCCACCUGUAAAACAAUAUCCAAGGAAGAAGGUUUAUAUUCAAGUAAUCUCAAAGCAAUAUUGGGAUAAACAUGGAAUUGAUGAGUGGUCGAGUGAAAAGUUACAAUCAUCCAUAAAUGAAGUAGAAUCAGGUUUUCUGUCUACAAUGGUUUCCGUAGCUCAACAAAACUACAAUAGAAUGUGGACUGAAACACAGAGAAAAUAUCUUCAUUUGAGUCGGAAAUAUGAGGGAGAUCAUCAAAAGGUAAUUGUGUGGACCAUGUGGCAGAAGAACUCAGUGGGUGAUUUGAAGUGUAUUGUUGAGAAGAUAUACGGUUGUAAAGUCAUUCCCCUGAGGUUGUUGGACACCACUCAUGCAAUGAAAAACACCCAUCCUAAUAUACUGAAUGUAUUAACUAUCAUGGAAUCGCAACGCUACUUUUACAUCGUACAUCCAUAUUCUGAAUAUUCUGUGCACGAUUUGGUGACUUUUAGUCCCUCUAUAAUUUCCAAAUCACAUGCAAAACCGUUGUUUAUCAUUUAUCAAAUAAUACAUAUAAUGCUACACUGUCAUCGUCAAGGAGUGGCGUUGGGAGACGUCAGAUUAAAGGACUUCAUGAUGAAUGAGAAAUUGUGGGUGCAGUUGACAGGGCCAAGGUGGAGACAGGUUCAGAAUAGUGUUGGAGUUGCAUCAAAUAAAAAUGUUAAUACAGGAAAUGAUCAUAAUGACUUACCGGGACUGGUGCAGCAAUGGGUACAAGGAAAGAUCACCAGUUACAAAUAUUUAAUGGUAUUAAAUUCGCUAUCAGGAAGACGAACUGGAAAUCCAAACUAUCAUCCCAUACUGCCAUGGGUCACAGACUUUGUUUCGCAGAGCGGGAAUUAUCGCGAUUUGACAAAAACAAAGUUUCGACUCAAUAAGGGGGAGCACCAAUUAAACUUUAUGUACAGUGCCAGUUCACAAAGUGUGCCACAUCACUUUUCUGAUUUACUGUCUGAUAUCACCUACCAUGUGUAUUUCGCUCGAAAGACUGAGAAAUCUACUCUAUGUAAAUAUGUACGGUCGUCUUGGGUUCCCAAUGAAUAUCCAUCCAGCAUACAAAGAAUUCAGGAAUGGUCCCCGGAGGAAUGUAUUCCUGAGUUCUAUAAUGAUCCCAGUAUAUUCAAAUCUAUUCAUAAUGACAUGUCAGACCUUCAGGUUCCACCGUGGUGUGGGUCCGUGGAUGAAUUCUUGGUGAAACAUCAAGAGUUGUUGGAAAGCAAUCAUGUAUCAAGUCAAUUACAUCAUUGGAUCGAUUUAACAUUUGGAUACAAGUUGAGUGGCAGCGCUGCAGUGAAUGCCAAGAACGUUUGUUUACAAUUGGUGGACCAACAUAUGUAUCCACUGAAUCAUGGCGUUGUACAGUUAUUUGACAAGCCACACCCACAGAGACUAUCCUCGUCUGAAUACGCUGGGUCUCUCAAAGCUCCUGCCAUUAUGAGACCUAUACGCAAUCAAACAUUAAAUCUGAAAUCUUACGCGAAUCAGAAACAAGUGGUUCCAGGGACAGAAGAAACAGAAAUUCUUGAUACAGAUACUGUUGUACCAACAUGGCAUGAUGAUCUGGAUACCACACCCACACAGUUUGAUAGUGAACAAGAAACCAUUGCGACAAGUAAGGACAUGGAGGGCUUGGCAGAUUUGAGUAGCUCGUUGGAAUCCGAUUCGUUUUCACAGAGGAACCCUAUUAAGAGAUUGUCCUUUUUCAGUAGCCGAGGUCGUGGUGACACUGUUGUUGACUCUUCUCCGCUCCGACCUGAACAACAGACCAUAACAUUGCCUGAAGGGUAUGAUCCGUUACAGCAACUAAAUCAACUAGAAAUGUUGUAUAAUUUUUGUUCUACUAACAUGAAGAUGUUACCUAAGCAACCAGACAAAGAGUAUGUUGCUGUUGACCAGUCUGCUGAGUUGAUUGCCAGAGAUAUGCAGACAUUAGGCUGUUUGAUCGUUGAAUUUGUACAAGCCAAUAAACUAAGAAUGCUGAAUCCGCAAGCAGGUUUACAAGAACGAUACAACAUUAUUCGCAAAGAAUGUCAAUCAAGUAUUCAGAAUUUACCAAGACCAGUGCAAUAUAGUAUUGAAGUACUACUACAACUUAAUAAUACUGCCAACAAUGACAGCUUGCCACCGCCUUCUCCAUCACAGUUACUCAAUCCUUACACCAGUAUCUUCCCGUUUCCCAAAUAUUUCGCGAUGCUCUACGAAUUCCUCUCAAAAAUGCAUCAACCGAUGGAAGACCCAUUGCUGAAAGUACACCUGGCAUUGCAGUACAUACCCAAACUGUUUGUCAAGAUGAACCAGGAGGGUAAAGAAUUGCUGCUUCCGUACAUCACCGCUCUGUUUAGAGAUAAAGACAUUGCUCUACUUACAGUGCUGCAUUUGUUUAAUAAAGUGUCACGUUGUUUAGGUCCAUCUAUGACAGUUGAGCAUCUCUUACCAGUGAUUAAAGACUUAUACAAUAUCGAUAACUAUUCAUCCCCUAUACACUUACGACUGUAUCACCGCAGUUUUCUAUCUCAGUUACUUGCUAGAAUGGGACUCAGGGUAUUUCUUAACCACAUCCUGGAUUUUCUUGUUGAGGCUGUGGCAGGACGGAAAGUGUGCCCAACAUUUGUUGAAGCUGAGAAAACACAUGAGAUGACAGCGAUUCACCGUAGCAUUUCCGUAGGAGAGGAUGCAUUGAAAAAUCUGGAGAAUGAGGCCUUAAAAGAUGAUGAUGGUGAAAUUGAUGACAGUGAUGAUGUGUACACUGAUAAGAGACAAAGUGAUAGCUGUAGUCUGGAUCAAAGUUUCGGUAAGGAAGAUGAAGAAGCCAAAGAAGAUGGAACCAGUUGUGUAGACAGAAUGUUUUCAUUUCGUGAUGCUAAUGAAAGGAGAGGCUCUGAUGAUGUGAUGGGGCAGAACAGUUGUGAUGUGGACAAAAUAAGUUUAGACAAAUCUAGCCUUCAUAGUAUCGGAACUGAUUCAAGUGAAAUCAAGUCACAAGAAGUUGGUUACCAUAGCAACAGUAGUGACGACAUCAAUGAUGAAGAUGGUAAAGAAGACCUCGUCGCUAAUGAUGGUAAUGAAGAAGUAAAGCCUAAAAUUGAUGAAAAGAUAGAAUCAUCAACGGCAACUCCUGACAACAAAAUGAAUAUUUCAGCACUUGAGAAGCACAGCAUCAGUCUCGUCAGUGGGCUGGGAAUAGUGGAAGUUGCUAUGGAUAGCAUAUGGUGGAUAUCUCAAAAACUUGGACCAAUAUUAACUGCAAAAUAUUUAUCCAGACAACUACUACGAGUACUUACUCUAUGUUAUAUGGGUCCAGGACAACUUAUAGCCAUCAAAGACAAUGGUAAGGCAAAAGAUGGUGAAAUAUACAAUUGUAUUGCUGUGUAUGGAGACACAACUACCUUGCCUGUCUUACAAUGCCUUGCUGAUAUUGCAAUUAACUAUGGCCAGUCAUUUAUAUUAAACCAAUAUAUUUCAUUCAUUAAACAAAUUGUUCUAUCUGCGAAAUCUAAGGUCAAUACUAAAGUGGAAGCUGGACUCAUAGCCUCAAUGGUGUUAUUGAAAUAUAUGCUGGUUUAUUUAUCAGACUCUAUAUUAAUGAAUUGUCUUAAGAGUUUUUCUCAGAAUAUACUGCAACCUGUAAUAUGUAUACUGUCGUCGCUCUGUAUAAGUUUUCCUGGUGGCGGUCAUGCAAGGUCGAUAUUAUGUUACAAACUAGUCGAUGUGAUAACUGUGAUAGCUGUACGCAUAGGACGAGAGAUGGCUCGAGAAAACAUGACCGCAUUACUCCAGCAAUUUUUCUGUUGUUUUGAUAUUGUACACUGCCUCGAUAAAGAUCAAACGGGAAGUCCGUCAGUCCGAGAAGAUAAGGCCCUGUUCAGAGCGGAGUCAGAAAAACAGUCAAGUGUCGUGAGUAGCGUUGAGAGCAAUGACAGCAUGUAUUGCGAAAUACACAUGGAUAAUACAACAAAUACAUAUACCAUUGGUAUUCCAGUCAGACUAAAAGAUAUGAAAGGAGACGAUGAUCAGUUUGCAAGUACACCCAGAGGAGAUUUCUUUGAAGGCAUGGAAUCAGGAAUUGCCAGUGAGUCAGUCCGUGAUGAAUUGCAGCAUGUGUUUACAGAACAAAUGGCUUAUUCAAUAUACAUACCACUGUGUAGAUUGGUUGGCAGUAUACAUAUGGAGCACAUUUUGUACAAUCACGAUCUUAUAUGGAAAUUAUCGAGUUCUUAUGAAGUUUCCAUGGCAGCACAAAUCAGUCAAAAUCAAGACAACUUGACAGACAGUCAAAGAACCUUAGAAGCAGAGCAGGGUGAUUCAGAUGGAGAGUCCUCUGAAGACAUUGUCAGCGGUCAGUUUGGUAGUAAUGUGGCAAUGGUUGGUAAUAGAAUACAAAUAUCAUCAUUACAACAUGAACAGUAUACUAAGCAUCAGGUUGCUGCAACUCCCAUGGAAGACAGCAUCAAAACUAAAUGUGAUGACUUAGGAAAAAGUGAACGAACCCUGCGUGGCAACUGGCUGAGUUAUUGGGAACAUUGUCUGGGUACAAGUGAGAGAGCAAGGGAUUUUAAUAUUCAUCAGAUUAAACUGUCUACCUACUGUGGUCAUACCAGUUCAGUCCGAUCAUUAUGUGUCUUAGACAAUGAAACAUCUUUCAUGAGCUCCAGUAAAGAUAAAACAGUAAAGUUAUGGUCAUUACGUAACCGUGGUGAUGGGUCCAGUCGAAUGUCAUGCCAGUGGACAUACAAUUCACAUAAGAAGUCUGUAUUUAAUGUGACGUUCUUGGAAUCUAUGCGGUUGUGUGCUUCAUGCGACAGUAACGUUCAUAUCUGGGAUCCUUUCACUGGUAGUCGUGUAUUUCAGUUCAAUAUGUCACGGAAUCCAGUCAGUGUCAUUACGCCGAUAUCAGCUCCAUCUACAUCACUAUUAGCCGCCACUGUGGACACCACACUUUGUGUGUUAGAUAUUAGAAGUGGGAAAUAUCAGCAGGAAUUGAAAGUCACGUCAGGGUCAUCAGGCCUUGUUCGCUGUUUGUCCGUUAGCAACAGUGGUAAUGUUGUAGCUGUUGGGUUUUCGUCUGGUAUUCUCUCAUUGGUUGAUAUCAGGACUGGUUUAUUACUUGGCGGCUGGAAAGCACAUGAAGCAGAAAUAUUACAGGUAAAAAAUAUUGGGAACAGUCAUUUUGUCACUUCCUCAAUUGAUCACCAUCUAACUGUUUGGGGAGAAGAUGGAACUGAAAGAGCAAUAUUACGAGGCAUAAAUGAGCCAGUUCAUAGUAUUUCUGUUUAUGAAGACCAGAUCAUAUCAGCUACCACAGCAAAUAAAUUGGCUGUACAUUCUAAUGUGAGCGGGGGAGCACAGUUAAGCUAUUGCAACAAACUCCACUCAGAGGGAUUUAAAGGUGUCUUGGUGUGCAUGAAUACUCUACCAAUGAAUAGACUUUUGCUACUUGGAUCAGAUAAUGGCAAUAUAUAUCUUCUAGCAUAAGAAUAUCUUGUAAUGAAAUGCUACACUUGAGAAGGUGGGCCAAAGAAGAAAUGUUUCAAAGGCACA